AUGUCCUCAGAGUCAGAAAAGGACAAAGAGAGACUGAUUCAAGCUGCCAAAAUAUUCUUCUUUCACAUUCGAGAUCUUGUUUCCUUCAUAAAUACGUUCAUUCAAUUGUUUAACCUUGCUCUGAAGACUCAGAUCCCACCAAUGGACAUGAAAGAAGAUAGUUAUGAGGAUUUCUUUGAACGAAUGAUCAAAAAAUUUAAGGAGAUGUAGUUGAUAACAGAUGCAAAGCAGAGCAGGAUGCCAAAGGAGUCUUUAUGUUCCAAGGUUGCAACUGCCAUGAGCACCACAGCCGAGGGAUGCACCCACGUGGACCUGUGCCAUCCAGCUAAGUUCACGAAUAUCCAGACACAAGUCACUGUCUCUGUGCUGAACAGUAAUCAGAUCCUUGGGAGUCUGGAAACUUCUUUUUCACUCCUGAUGCAGCUCCCCAUCAUAGAUCUUUGAUUAAGUGAUUUCUAUAGAGAGGACACGGAAGAGCAACCAGAUGCCACCACAUCUGAUAAAAGCAUGAGUCCAGAGCUUUCCCAAGCCACUGAAAUGGACACCUUGAUAAAGCUGCGAGGUGCACUAAGAACCGAGAAUGCCAGCAAGCCCACAGAAGCAGCAGCAGACCAGCUGGAGCAAUUCAUCAAGGCUACGGAGCCGACCUUACAGGUGCUCCCAAAAGCCAUCAAGACUCUGAAAACUGAUCUUUCCAUUGUUUAA